AUGUCCAUUUCCAUUCAUCACCUGACGCGUCAUGGUGGCCUCCGGUCUGUGUGCAACUCCAACCGAGCCCAGAAUUUCGGUCUGGGCCCGGUAUGUGGACGAUACCUUCGUUGUCACCGAACGGGAUCAAGUGCUAAUAUUCAGAGAACGUCUCAAAAGCGUCUUCCCGGACAUUCAAAUUACGAUGGAGGAGGAAGAAAAUAACCAGCUGGCAUUCCUUGAUGUCCUCGUCUGUCGCAAAGAUUGUGGUGGUCUAAAGACCAGUGCUCAGAAAAGCGACGAACACGACGCAAAUACUGAACCUUAGCAAUAACCACCCAAACAGGCACAACCGCUGUUGCGUAAGAACGCUAUGUCGGCGUGUUGAGACGCACCGCAGUGAACCGGAAGACAAGGUUGCCGAAUCCCAAUAUCUUCGACGGGUUUUCAGAGAAAAUGAUUACCCGCGCAACUUCGUCAACCGGUGUAUGUGCAAACGAGACGAGCGACAAAACUGUGCCGACUCCAUAUUCUGGCGAGCGAUCCCGUACACCAAGAACGUCUGCGAGGCCGUUAUCCGCCUUCUUGCACCACUUGGGGUUGGAGUUGCACACAGACCGGAGGUCAACAUGAGGCGUUAAACCAGCUCGGCAACAACAUCGCAGACAGUUCGACGACGAAACGAAGGUCGAACGAUAACCUCUCUAAAAAUAUUUGAUCGACAAAUUCUGUUUAAAUAACACCAUUAUCGCAAAAAGACGUCAUACUCCCGGUAUUGACGAAACCUGCAUUAGGGGCUGUGCGCGAUAGAAAUUAGUGUGGGAGUCAUUUCUCUCAGAAACACCAUCAUAGAUAAAGUAACCUGGACGACCAAAUUGCAACUUGGUCUUCAAAACUUUCUAAGCUUCUAAGAGGUUCCAGUUCCACUUGCGUUAUCAUUGCAAAGUCGCUGUCAGUGUUACUUGAUGGGCUACAACGUACGGACAGACAAAAUGGCUGUUUUUGCACCUCAAAUUUCUGACCUCUGAUUUGGAAACCACCGCCUGUUCGUCAAUACAAUUCCUGAAGAAGCUUAAAGGAGUAAGUCUCCUGCAAAGUGAGGUAAUGGUAUCUUUUGAUGUCGCCUAUAUCUUUACUUCUAUCCCCCAGGAUCUGGCAAUGGAGACCGUCGAGCUACUCCUACGAAGCAAAUACAAUGAAACGGGGAAUCGUCUCGGACAUGCCCAAAUCCUUCAGCUCCUAAAUUUCUGUCUCAGGACGUUCUUCACGUCUGACGGAACAAUCUACGAGCAAGUGAAUGGAACACCAAUGGACUCGCCGAUUUCGGAAGCAAGUUUUCGUCGUGUCAGCCACCUGCGUCCUCUCGCGCCUCCAGUCUUCUCUAGCUGGUCACGACAUCGGGACCAAGCGGAGGAGGAAGAGAGUUUGUGGUGGAUUUUGCCCAUGUCUGCCAUCACUAUAAACUAA